AUGUUCAUCCUCAUUCAUGCCUUGUCCAUUGUGACUCAUAUUAUCAGACUGUUUACUCACACCCUUCCUCACACUCCUCCAGAAAUCUCUCACUCUUCCCCACACUCCUUCACCCACACAUGCGGCCUGCCCAACAGAAAGAUGCGCCUCGUGGGGGGGAGUUGGUCCGAGAUCAACGAGUACCCCUGGAUGGUGGCACUGCUGUACAAGGGCCACUUCUACUGCGGUGGCACUCUCAUCAGUGACAGAUAUGUGCUCACGGCGGCGCACUGCAUCGAGGGCGUGAACGUGAACAACCUGCGCGUGAUGGUGGGCGACCACGUGCGCAGCUUCCCGAUCGAGACCAAGAGCCGCGACUACCAGGCCGUCUACUCCGUCUACCACCACGAGUUCAACCGAUCCACUUACAACCACGACAUCGGCCUGGUCAAGCUCGGGCAGAAGGUGGAGUAUAAGUGGUACUCGAGGCCCGCGUGUCUGCCGCAGCCAAACUUUGGUUGCACUUUUCUAGUGUUUUGCCUGCACCUUCAGAGCUUUGAUUCUGCAUUUAAUACGAGAUACAGUUGGCAUAGUCUUUCAACCCUGGCAGUUAAGGGUUUUUUGGCCUCUUGGUCCGAAAUCCAGUAUGAUUGGUACCCCGCUACCCAUUCUCCUCCACAAGGUGUAGUACAAAAGUCCUACAGCUACAGCCUCUAUGACUAA